AUGUUCACUUUGUUACAAGGAAGUGCUCCACAGGAAGCAAGAAACUACCCAAGCACUACCUCCGCCACCAGUACAUUCUCCACUCCCCAAGCAAACCCUGAUGGAGAUGCACACAAACCGUGUCCCACAAACCCUGUCAUCGGUCCAACGUCGGCUCAUGCUCACUCACUUGGCAAUAACAAGGAUACAAACCGCUGCGCUGUGUGUCGCAAGAGGGUUGGACUGACAGGCAUCAAGUGUCGCUGCGGAGGCCUGUACUGUGGCAUCCACCGAUAUUUGGACAAGCACGACUGCUCGUUUGACUACCGAGAGCUUGGUGCACAAGAGAUCUGGCGCAACAAUCCACGUGAUUGUCAGUGA